CCCUCCCUGUAUAGUUACCCGCAGCCUGGAGAUCUCACUUGACCUCUUAUCUGAUGACUUUGGAGGCUGGAAGAGGGGAUGUUUUCCCUGCCCUCUUCCCUCCCAUUGGCUGGGCGGCCCUCAAGAGCCCAGGCACUAGAUGGGGCGAUAAGCGGCUGAGGUAUAUCUGGGGAAGGGCCCUGGUGUUCCUCUCCUGGGGAACUCUGCGCCCUGGCCCUGCAGGUGGGGAGAAUGCCUGUCCAGCCCCGGCACCACCUUUGCUACUGGCUGCUAAUCCCUCUCCUGCAGUGGGGGUGUGGGGAGCUGACCUACGGAGACCUCGAGGAUGAAAGUCAUUACCUGUAUUUGGAGGAGGACGGCCCCUUUACCGAGGAGGGCAGGUCGGCCCACUGCAGGGACACCUACCUGGAGUGGAUCUCCCUGUACUGUUGGACCACCUUCCACGCCACAGUCAUGGCCACGCCGGAGAGGAGCCGGUGUCAGUGGGAGCAGAUCAGCAGGACCUACAGCGACCUCUCCAACUGCACGGUGCUGAUGGCUGAGGCUCUGUCCUGCCCCUGGCCCAGCCCUGCUCUUGACUCCUUCUUCCUGCAGAUCCACAUGGAGUAUUUCACCAACUGCACCAUGCCCGCCAGCCCCCAGCCCGGCCAGCCACCUCUGGGGCCUGUCCUAGCCAUGGCCGCCAUGCCUGCCUGCUUGACCCCUCUCCUGGUUGCUCUCACGCUCCGCAAGGCCAGAGAGGCUGAGCCAAAGCCUGAUCGGCCCCUCCCUGCGGCACCAUCUGUGCUCAACAGACAAAGGGUUUCUUCUCAUGCAGUCCUGGGCACCAACGGGAAAGGAAGAGAGAGUGUCUAGUGGUUGGAGG